UACAAGUGUAAAAGUCGCACAGUGUCCGCCCGGCUUUAGGAGAGGAGUCAGAAAUAUGACUGGCUAUUCGUGCAACACACUGAAAUCUCUUAUUUUCAAUUAGGUAUCUAAUUGAGAACCUUGAUGCACCUUUUGCCAUUGAGGAAACAUCUGGAGAGUUGUUUACAACUGACUUCUUGGACAGGGAGACUGUAGCCAUUUACAACUUGACAGUGAUAGGAAGUGAUAUGCACCCCACCGCGCCUCUGUCAAGCUCUGUGCUUGUAACUGUGCUUGUGGGUGACAUAAACGACCACUGGCCCAAGUUUACGGACAGCCCCUUUGUAGCCUAUGUGCCCACCGAGCUGGCCCCAGGUGAGAGACACGCCCUUCGGACAGUGAAGGUACCAUCAUAGAAACGGAGAGUGGAUUUAAACUUUUUAUGGUUGCUUUUCCACAGGUUCGGUUGUUUGUGCAGUGAGAGCGACCGAUGAAGACAUUGACAUGAAUGCAGAACUGUAUUUUUCCUUAUAUGGACAAAGUUCAGACCUGUUCUCUAUUGACCCAAACAGUGGCACUGUGUUCACUUCAAGUGUGUUACCGAACACUGACAACAUUACUAUCAACGUGUAUGUAGAAGAUGCUGGAGAAAGUCCUAAAUUUGAUAUCUCUACAAUCAGCAUCUGGUUUCGGAAUAUUUCGGACUUUCCCGAGAUGAAUGUAGAUGUUUUGAGUUAUACCCUCCCUGAAGAUCAGCCGGUAGGAAGUUUAGUGGCUGUGGUGUCUGCAGCAAGCGUCAGAGGUGAACCCAUUUCUUUUUAUCUGGCUUCUGGAAACUUUGAAGACAUGUUUCAUCUAGACCACCUGCAUGGAGAGCUGACAGUAGGCAACCCUUUGGAUUAUGAAACCAAAAAGGAUUUUUCUUUGCUGAUUGAAGCCAGAGACUCUGGCUCUCCUCCCUUCUCAUCGUUUUCAGAAAUCCGGAUGAACGUCACUGAUGUGAACGAUAACUUCCCGCAGUUCACUCAAGAUGAAUACAGGUGUGAGGUUUUUGAGAAUUCCCCACCAUCGGCAGUUUGUGACGUUUUUGCUAUUGAUGCAGAUUCUCCCCAUUACAGCACAGUGUGGUACAGUCUCGUAGAAGAAAACGACUAUGACUUUUUCACGCUUGAUCCAGAAACGGGUUUACUCAGCACCACUGUCAGUUUAGAUAGAGAAACUGUUCCCAUGUUGAAUUUGACAGUUGAGGCUGCAGAGGUCAAUGAGCCUCUGCACAAAGACAGAGCGACUGUCAUCAUAACUGUUUUAGACAGAAACGACAACGCACCUCGUUUUACGCAGGUUUUUCUUGCAGAAGUGCCCGAAGACGCUCUUGUAGGACAAGCCGUUGUGCGGUUAACCUCAACUGACGAUGACGAGGAUGACGCUGCAAUUAUUUAUUACAUUCGUGACCAAAGUGAGGACGCAGUCUUUAACAUAGAUUCCACUACUGGCUGGAUAACUGUGAAAAGGCCUUUAGACAGGGAAAAGCAGGCUCGGUAUGUCUUAAAAGUAAUUGCCAACGAUUCAGCAUGGAGCAUAAGCACUGACGUUACCAUCAUAAUUUCAGAUGUCAACGAUAAUAGACCUGUAUUCUUAAACGAGUUUUACACAGCUGUCAUCCCUGAAACAAACGAAGCAGAAGUCUUCAUUCUGCAGGUUCAUGCAACAGAUGCAGACAUUGGGCAAAACAGUGAAAUUCUGUUUGUUGUUGAAGCACCUAAUGAAAUAUUUUGGGUGAAUGCUUCAUCAGGUGACAUUUAUACAAAGCAGCCUCUAAUUUUACACGAUUCUGCUUUUGAAGUCUAUGAUUUCAGAGUUCUUGCUUUUGAUUGUGGCACUGUACCUCUGCACAGUUAUGCCACUAUCACAGUGAGAUUAGAACAAUUUAACCACCACCCUCCGAGAAUUUCUCUUUUACAACCUCUGAUCGCUAUUCCAUCCGACUUGCCCGUGGGAACCGAGGUGGUUACGUUCACAGCAACAGAUCCAGAUGUUAACAGCAGUGUGAACAUUGAGUUUAGUGUGGGUGGAGGUAAUGCGUCUGCAUUUUUCUGGAUUCACACCAAAAACGGGAAGGUGUUUUUAAAUAAAACUUUACCAGGGAGUGAAAACCCACUCCUAACUUUAACAGUUGUGGCCACAGAUAAAGGCUUCCCCCCAUUAUCAUCAGAUACCGACAUCUUUUUUCAAAUUACAGAGAGGAAUAACUUUUCUCCAACCUUUAUUGAGCCACAUGUUACUUUCUCUAUCCCUGAAGACCUGCCCAUUGGAUCAGUGGCAGGAAGAGUUCAAGCAGAGGAUGGCGACUAUGGUCCCAAUGGUGCAAUUAUGUACAGCAUCACACCUGAAAAUCAAGAUUUACCAGUAUCUGUCGGUAAAGACUCAGGGUUGAUAACGCUAACAAGAGGGCUCGACUUUGAAAAAGAAAGCAUCUAUAAUUUACAAAUCAAAGCAACAGAUGGUGGAUGGUUCCCCAGAAUGGCCAUAUUAAAUGUUACGGUGAUGGUAAUGGAUGUAAAUGACAAUCCUCCGAUGUUUUCAUCGUCUGAGUACACUGCGUCAGUGCCAGAAAACUCACGAAUUGGAACAGUUGUUCUAGAUCUACACGCCGCUGAUUUAGAUUCAGGGGUGAACGCACAAAUAUCAUACUCUCUUAUUGCAGGCCAUGUGGAUAAAUUUGAAAUUGACCCAAGAAACGGAACAAUAACCACUUUGGAUGUUUUUGAUUAUGAGCAAGAGCAGAACUUUGAUUUAACAAUCAAAGCUUCUAACAGCGGCAGACACACGUUAUUUAGCCUGACACGUGUUGUUGUCGCGGUUUCAGAUGUCAAUGAAUUCACUCCAACAUUUCUGACAAGAACAUUUAACUUCUCAGUGUUUAAAAAUGUGCCGGUUGGAACAGCGGUAGGAAGGGUGACAGCCACUGAUGGUGACGGAGGCUCUGAAGGCCGGGUGUUUUAUUUGAUGUUCGGCCAUGGCAGAAAUAAAGGCUUUAACAUUGACCAACUCUCUGGAGAAAUGCGCACAAGUGCAAGUUUAAGGAAUCGAGGCAACAGCCAUGUGGCAUUCAAAGUUCUUGCCAAGAACUCAGGAGUUAUAAGUGGAACCGACGAAGAUGAGGCAGCUAUCCACGUCAGUGUGAUUGACAUCAACGAUGCACCUACGUUUACCUCUGCAUGCUAUGUGGGAAAUGUUACAGAAGACAGUCCACCUGGAACAUCUGUACUAACUGUUAGUGCUCUGGAUCAGGACUACAUACCAGACUGGAACCGAUUCUUUUUCAGCAUUGAGAAUGGAAACACAAACUACUCUUUUUCCAUCGAUCCUCCAAGUGGAGUCAUUUCAGUAAACUCUUCCCUUGACCGAGAACUUUGGUCCAUUUAUAACCUCACUGUCACAGCCAUUGAUAAUGGCUCUCCCCCAGCCACUGGGACCACAAAUGUCAUUGUGACUAUAGGAGACGUUAACGACAACGAACCUCAACUCACGUCAACAGAAGCUCAAGUAAAGGAAAAUCAACCUGGAGGUACCGUAGUUGCUAUGCUAAAUGCAUCUGAUGCUGAUUUACCACCAAAUCAAGGCCCCUUUACGUACAGGUUGUUAAAUUUGUCAGAGACUAGCUCCUUUUUACUCACUCCCGAUGGAGUUUUACUUACCACUCGAACGAUUGACCGUGAGAAUAUUUCUGAAUAUCGAGUCCUUGUUCUGGUUCAAGAUGCAGGGUUUCCAUCUGCAUUGUCUUCAACAGCCACACUUCACAUUAAGGUGGUGGAUGAAAAUGAUAACCCACCAUUGGCGAGGAACAUCUUCAUCGAAGUGAAAUAUUUCGGAAGCUCUUUUAACGGAGGCAUGAUUGGUAACGUGCAUCCAGAGGACCACGAUGAGUCUGACACGUUCACCUGUACCAUUAAAAGUGGGCCAACAAACAUGUUUACGAUUCUCAAUGGCACCUGUGAGCUGUGGUCACUACCUUUUCAAGGUGAGGCCACAUUCAACAUCACUAUUGAAGCUACUGACCAGCUUCACGUCCCAGUAAACAACAGUAUAUAUGUAAACUACAAGGGCUUUACAAAUGCAUCGAUAGACAGUUGUAUAUUGUUUUAUGUGUCAUCGUCAUCAAUGGAUGACUUUUUAUCUAGCAAGUACUUGAGGUUUGUGAAAGCACUGGACAGUUUGUUCAACCUGCAGGCCUCAAAGACUCAUGUGUUCGGAAUUAAACAUGUUGGCAGGGAAAUUCUUUUAUUGGCUGCAGUAAAAAACUACAACGGACAGUAUCUCAGCAGAGAGGUAGCCAGUAGCAUAUCUGCCGGACAUAAGAAGCUACUGGAGACUCAGAGCAAUGUGACCAUUUCUUACAUCACCAGUGAUCCGUGUCUCACCAGCCCCUGCCAAAACAGGGCAUUGUGCCACAAAAACAUUCACAUCACCCAGGGGGUUGCUGUCCUGGAAAGCAUGGCUGUCAUCUUUGUGUCGCCACAGAAGGAGAUUUUUAAUUGUGCUUGUCUGGUUGGAUUCACCGGUUCACUGUGUGAAGAAGACAUUGACGAAUGCGAGGCGAGACCUUGUGAGAAUAACAGCACAUGUGAGAACACUGCAGGAAGUUUUUACUGCCAUUGUCACAGCGGCUUCUCUGGGUCUGUCUGCUCUGCUGAUGAGGAUGAAUGCCUGAAGUUUAAAUGCCAAAAUGGUGGAACGUGUUUUCACUCACAGGAAAGAUAUUACUGCCAAUGUUUGCCCGGAUUUGAAGGUGAAAAGUGCGAAGAUCUUGUGGAUCGCUGCAGAUCAACUCCUUGUGUUCAAGGCAACUGCGCCAACCUGCCGUCGGGAUUCUCCUGUAUUUGUCCCUUUGGAGUCAGUGGAGUUCAUUGUGAGGAGCCCAGUUAUGGCUUUGAGGAGCUGUCCUUUGUAGAGUUUCCGCCACUGGAUCGCAGAACUAAUUUAAUCUCAUUUGAGUUUGCAACGGUGCAGAGUAACUCUCUCCUGCUGUACAACCCUGGAGUUUCAUCCAGCAGGGAGUUCUUCACGCUGGAGAUCCUUGAUGGAACCGUACAUCUGACUUAUGACCUCGGGUCAGGGCCUGUGAGGCUGCAAACUAAUAAGCGAGUUGCAGACGGACGGUUUCACAGCGUUACUGUCAGGAGGAUUGGAAAUAUGGGAUCUUUGCUGGUGGACAACUGCACAGAUGUUGAGAACAAUGGAUUUUGUUUUUCAGAAAGUGAUGGCACCAUCAUGGAAAGGACUCUUGAUGUUGGAAACACUAAGAUGACAUUUGGAGGACUGAGGACUCAUCAAUUCCUCCUGCAGCAUCCUAAUCAGAUUAAAAGCCACGACUUUGUUGGAUGCAUUCGAAAUAUUUAUAUCAACGGAAAACUGCUGAGACCUACAAUGGGCCUCGCCGUGCAUAACGUCGUUGACAGGUGUCCGAGAGCAACAGUACCAGGAUGCAACGGCGCCCCAUGCAAGAAUGGUGGUGUGUGUCAUGACCUUUGGUCUGACUAUGUUUGUGAGUGUAAAAGUCCUUUUAUGGGAAGAAACUGUGCCACAGAAAUGUCAGAAGAUCUUGUACUGAGGUUUAAUAAGAGUGACUUCAUUGAGUAUGUCAUUAAGGAGAGAUUCAAGAGGGACUACCUGCUCAAACUUCUGGAGGAUAAAACCAGAAACCAAACUGUGUUUGACAUCAAGUUCAGAACCAGAGAUGGUGGAGUUUUACUCUCUAUUCACGGACAGACAGGAUACGUGAUCCUGAUGGUUUGUAUGAAACGUGUUCAGCACAUCUACAUGAUGCAUCUCAAUAAAAUUACCAUUUUAAAGUCUUUUUUUUCCCAGAUAAGAGACAGAAAGCUUGUGUACCUCUCUAAAGAGGCAGGACACCUGUCAGAGUUCAUAGUGGAGCUUCCAGUUGCUGAUGGACUCUGGCACAUCCUGUCCUUGUUCAACAAUGGGCAUAACACGUUUUUGUCUGUGGAUGGUAAAAUAGUCAUGAACAGCACCAACCAAAGCAUGGCUCUCACCCCUGUUAGUGUGCAAAGGUUCGUCCUUGGUGCUCCCAUUAGAGAAGCAAAGCUCCAGCAGUCAGGGUUCAGUGGGUGUGUGCAGUACUUCAGUAUGAACAGUUACACUCUGCCCAUCAGUGGGCACAGUGAGAAGGUGGCGGUGCGGCCGAGCUCGGCUCUUGUCCAGUCCAGCUGCAGCUCUCCAGAUGUUUGCCAUUCCUCUCCUUGCUCUGAAGAGAGCUUCAUCGGGAAGAUGUGCAGUCCUGCAGACCAGAACAUGUCCUGCAUCUGUUUGCAGAAUGUUUCUGGUCAUAUCUGUGAUAUUUGCAUCUAUGCUACCCUAGAUUGCUACGAAGUGCAGGGCAGCAAACCUUUGUGGCUCAUAGCCGUGGUUCUCCCUCUGAUCUCCACCCUGGCCAUCGUAGGAAUGUGUGUUCUGUUCAGACUCCGACUGCGAGAUGGGAGGAUUAAAAAUGAGAACUUCCCCCCGGAGACAGGACAGGGAUCAGAAAACACGACUUUUUGUUUCGAUGAUGUGCUCACAGAUACCGCUUUGACUAGAAAACAGAAACCUCGUUUCCCUGUCGGUGCAGAUAGGCAGAGGACGUCCGAUGCGUUGAACCGUGACGCUAGUCGGUCAGGUGUACAGCCGAUGCUACCGAGCGAGCUGGAGUAUUAUGAGAUCGGCAGCAUCUGUAGUGCGUUUCACUCUGAUGACUCGGUGGAACUCGGCGGGCGCGAGCAUUUUUACACAAACAAUGUCAAAAAUGAUUCAAAACAAUGGGGGACUCUGAGAACCCUUUUGUCCAAAUUUGGGAAAGAAAGCUCAGGUGAAGACAAAAGUCCAUCAAAGUCACCAAAAUCUGCGGCGCUACAAAAGCAGCUGUUUAGAACUCACACAGAGCAGCCUGAGCCGACGCCGCCUUGUCCGUUUAAGAGGUUUCCCCGACCGGAGCUCCUGGCGCCAACCCGAUGCCUCACGUUUGAAGAAAUAAGAAAACUUAAUUCUCCGACGUUUUCUCAACAAGCAUCCCUGAAAUCCACACCGGCCAAGUCUAACCUGAUCAUGGAGACUUCCUCUGAAUGUGACACUGACAGCACAUUCACUUGCUCCGAGUCGGAUUGUGGACAGUUUCCAGAGAAAUGCCUCCAUGACCGGUCGUCCCUGUCAGAGUUCAGCACAGUUUUUAAACAACCCUCCUCUUCCGCUGCAGGUCAAAUCCACACAGCUUCUCUCAGCGUGUUUGAACAUUUCGAAGAUAUUUUAAAUAUGCAGCUGCCCUUCAGCAGCUACGCACCUGUUUUUGAGGAUAUUGCACGUUUACCAACUGAGUCCAGUGAUAACUAUGACUUCCACAAAGACUUAGAAGAAAUCAUCUGAUUAAUAUGAUAGAAGGCAGGUAGAAUAAACAAAGUCAUUUCCUAUAUUUCUCUUUGUUGUGGCAUUUUUAUGCAUCUGAGUUUUCCUUAUUUACUACAGAACAUUACUGCUAUUUAGCUACAGUUUCCUGAGAGUUCUGCUUCAAAGAGCGGGAGAAGCAUCGUUUACCGUCUCUUGUAAGCACAGCCUCGGGAUAUGGGUCCAGAUCACCCCUACCGGUAAACACUGCAGGGCUUUUCUUUGUUCUCCCCCUUUGGGUGGGGGGUUCAAGGGGGCUGUAGAGAGUGUGGGGGCCUCUGCUGAACAGGACACACUGCUGGAGCUGCUUUGGGAAGAGCUUCUGUGACUCUUUCGUCAUUUUGAUAAUGCAAUAUUGAAAUUAAACCAUUUUGAUUGAAUCAUGGACUGCUUUCUCGUUAUUUUAUUAAGUCUCUAAAAUAAAUUCCACGACAGUCCCUCAGCUCUCCAGUCAUUAGUUGUGAACACCUUUUUCUCAUUAGCUCACCUUGUAAUCCCAUCCCUCAGUAGGCAUCAAUGGCCCAAUCCCAAUACUCGGAAGUGCGCAGUGGGACUUCGAGUGCGUAGUACACAAGUGUGCAAAUAAUUGCCGAAUUGGGACAGUGAGCAUGGCGUCAUCGACCGCAAUGCAUGCCGGUUGGCGUUUGUGCUAGGGUUUUAAAAAUCUUUAUUAACAACAUUCCAACAAACAAAAUUUACAUUGCCUGCUGUUCACAUUAAAUCUUAGUCUAAAACAUUCAGAGCAUGAAUAAAUAUCAUGAAUUUAUUUCAUUAGAAAAUAUGUAUUCCCAGAAAAAUCACUUGAGCCAUUGAUCUGCCUUCACAAAAUUUCCACGCAGCAAUGGAUUGUGGGUAAUACCCUUCAAUCAAGGGUGCUAAAGGGGCGUGGUCAACUUCCACACUUGAGGAUCGGGAUGCCCUAUGCACUCGCACCUCUGGGCUGGUAUGUGCAAUUGAGGGCACAAGGGUGGAAGUGUAGGUAUUAGGAUUGGGCCCAGGUUUCAGUUCUAUCAUGUCCUGUUGUAUCAUGUUUGUAUCUGUUCACUUCAUUCAUAUUUUGAUUUUCAAUUCUUUAAAUGUGCUUUUAUUUCCGUCACUUCCUGGCUCCCAGAACCUUCAGCUGUAACUCUGGUCCUACAACAGCCAACCUUGUGACAGAAAUCAGACUAACUUUACCAAGAGACAAUUUUUAAUUACAUUUUCUUUAAUUAGUCUUCUCUUUAAACUGUUUCACAUUCAAUUUUGGAGGAAAAAAAAUAAAACUGGUAUGUGGUGAAACUACGUUUUAUUCUGUAUUGCGGUAGUUAAAAUGCACAAAGUCCAGAAUUUUACAAGCUGCCUUAAAAAACAUUCUCAGCCAGUAAAACCAGAAAAAAACGAACAAAUCAAAUAAUGUCUACUACAAAGU